AUGCACGCAGUUGGUGAUUCCAUCGACUACAAGCACAGUGAUAAUGUCACACCCGACAUUGGUAACGACGGAUACACGUACCUUUUGCAAUAUCAAUUCAAUGAACUGGAUGAAUCGGAGAUGCUUGAUAACUUCUUCUUCAAGUCCAGUGAAGACCGUGAAUCAUUUGAACAAGCGAACGUUGAAUGCGGUGUGGAAUACUUCCUUGCAACAAAAUCCUACGAUGAGCAAUUGUAUCAAUUGUGCAUGAUGAUUCGAGGCGAUUGGCUCUGCAACAACCAAAACGUGUGGAAUCUCGCUGGAUUCUUUGCUCGUCAACGUCAUUCUGAUUGGUAUUUGAUGCGCAAGACCUAUCUCUGUGUGCUCAAACAAAAAGUAGAGCGUUUCAACAAGGAGUUUGCUACCAAAGAAUUCGAUGGUUGGUUUGAUUCCAAGUAUAAUCCAUCACUGAACGAAGGCAAACUGAAAGGGAUUGCUGCUGGUUGUGAUUCUGCUGCAUACAAGCAAUGGAAGGAUGAAUACGAAGUCAAGGAGCCAAGGAAAACAUCCACUUCGAAGACGUUUGAGCUUUCUACACUUGAUCAAGAUUUCGAAUUGACAUUCAAGUCUGAGCGGAAGUUGGCAACGCUAACUCAGCUGGUGGAAUUAACUGGUCGAAUAACUGAUGACAUGCGUUCAGCCAUGGUUGAUACAUCAUUUGAGAUCGAUGAGCUUGAGUAUUGGGCGGAGAAGUAUCUAGUGAUCGAGAACAAGCCCAAUCGUGACUUUGAUUUAAAUUUCAGUACUUUCGAGAAGAUGUUGAAUACUACCAGCUUCGAGUCUCUUCAUUUGCUGAAACGAUUUGCGCUCUACUUCAUCCACGAGUUCUACGUCUUUGAAGGAUCUGAUAUCACCUACUGCAAGCGUAAGCCAACAGAGGACGAUAAUUCUGUGAUCAAGGCAUAUGACCCAAAGAACUUCUUUAAGUUGCAAAUUCAGUUCAUUGCAAACAAGAAGCCACGUUCCACCAAGCUGUCUGACCUUCUCAAUACGGUUCCAUUCCACAAGUUUGCAAAUACUGUCUACAAAUGGGAACAUGAUCCAAAUGAUAUGGAGACAUUCAGCUUAGCAAAUCCACUACAGGCAAAGGAUCUUUACGAAGAUAUUACCGAAUCUGACUUGCACACAGUAUUAGUCGAUUACCUGAAGCGUAUCAUUCGCUUCAAUCAUCCUGAGAGGUACCAGUGGUUGAUGGAGUAUAUCGGUAGCAUUUGUCACUAUCCAGACAGCAAGACGAAGGUUAUGCUCGUGUUAUAUUCAAUGGAGAAGCAGAUUGGCAAGUCGAACUUCUUCAAGCUUCUUACGAGUCUUCUGGGAACGGCAAAUACUCACAUGACUCAGCAUCUUACCAAUUUCUUCGGAGAGCCGCUCGUUUCGUAA